GGUAAGGGAGUUAUUAAAGCCGAGACACCUCUAUUUACCCGUCAGAUUCAUUUGGUAUUUUGUACCUAUCGUUAUGGUCGCAAGUAAACACGUCAUGCUUCGCUGAUUGUGAACGUGCUACAAACCGCGAUAUUAUAUCUAACUAGUACUAACUAGUACGUAUAGACUUGACAUUAGGAUCUCCGUAAUACCUGUGUGGAGAUCUUUAUAGUUUUACUUUCAAUUGUAUAAGCAAACGCAGCCCAUGGGGGAGAUGUAUACAACUGUUUAUCAUAAGUGAUUUUAUAUUAUAGCUUGGAGUGCUAUGUGAUAUAUAACUCUUUGGAAUAUAUCCAGCAAUUUCACGAAAUCUAAAUUACAUUUAAAUUGAUUGAAUUUCUAACUCGCGUGUCUAAAUGGAUGGAAUCCAUCGGACGGACGAGAGGUUCUUCAUUUGUGCUCUGUAAUUCUUUAUUGAAACUGAUUCGUUCUAAUAAGUGAGAAUUAAUUAGCGUGACGUCAUAUAUAUGUGACGUCAGCAAUGUCGACAACUGUGAGUGACUCAGAAACCGAUGGAGAACACAGUCCCCGGAGGAGGAAGAACGGCUUACACCGGGGGCCUCUGGAAGUGUUCAUCAUUAGAAUCUCACCAGCCUGCCGUUCGGUUCUUCUCUACCUCCAACAGAAUGAGAUUCCGCACGUAUCUGUGGAUGUGGACUUUUCCCACGGGACAGAACACCUGCCCACAGUGUUCCGGUCCCAGCCUCACCAGGAAGUCCCCCUCCUUGUGGACGGAGAGGUUGUCGUGUUUGAGGGUCCCGCCAUUUUGCGGUACCUGGCGAUGCGAUAUACCGACUAUUCCGGGUUUGGUUUGAGUCUGCAGCAACAGAUGAGCAACGAGUCAAUCAUCAGCUGGGCGUUCGGCGAGCUCCACAGGGCCGUGGGGUACAACUACAUAUACCCACAGUUUCUGGAGAAAUAUGCCUUGUCGCCGGAGGAUGCUAACGAGUCGAUGAUUGAACACGGACUCCGACAGGUAUCCAAACACCUGGAAAUCAUAGAGAAAAAGUACUUCAAAAACUCUAAAGAUAAAUUUUUGACUGGAAGUCGUUUGACUGUGGCUGAUACGGCAGUUGCAACGGUUUUGGUGCUAUUGGAGUGGACAGGAUUCAAAUUCAAAAUGUGGCCUCAAGUCGAGGCUUGGUUGAACCGCGUAAAACGUCAGUCCUUUUGGGAUAAUGUACACACAACGCAUUCGGAUUUUGUUAUGCAACUUCAAAGAGCAAGUAUGAUUUUAGACUGACACACAUUUUGUUGUUUCUUGAAAAAUGCUCCAUACUUUUGGUUCCCUAUGUUUCUGGACGUCAUUGAAUGAUAUAACACUAGCAGCCCUUUGUUCAAUGUGAUUCCACUACGGCAUAUUUACGUCUACAAAACUAUUUAUCUAUGACAGUAGUUUAAAAUACGCUUACCAUUUAGUACGCGCAUGGAUAAAUGACAAAAUAACGUUCGAGAUCAUGGAGAAAAAUACAAAUUAAGAAGCAUUGUACCAAUACAUCUGCUUCUUAGACCAUCAUUAAAGUCGUGACGUAAUAUGUCACAAACAGUCGAGAUAGUUUCAUUCAAAACAAGCAGCAGCAUCAUGUCGUUAGUGUGUCUAUUCCUAUUGGCAAGAUUGACAGAGACUACAGGACAGUCACGUCCAUGUGCUGACGCUGAGCGAAUGACUGGUUUUAUCCGAGUUCCAUAUUAUAUACAAGAUGUGGUUCAAUCUAAGGUUAAAAUGGAGGAAAUAGAUGACCACAUUUAGGACUGGAAAUAAUUUACAAGGUACGGACGCAAAACUACUCCAACAUAAGGACUUGGCUCUCUUUAAUAUUUUGGUGACAGCGAACUCGGUGUUAAUUUGUUUUUGAAUCGGACACAAUUCCCUUUACCGACGCUUGUGUCAUUUCAUUGCAGUAUUCUUUUCUGUCUGUGAAGGUUAUUUAAUAUUCUUGCCAAUGGUGUUUUACAGUAUUUGAUGUGAUCAGCCCAUACUUAGUCAUAUUGAAUAUGCGACUUGACAACGUAUAUACAUCCCAUUAUAUGUAAUAAUGCGCCCUUCUACAUCUCACGUUACAGUUUAAGGUAGAGGACGCACUGACAUUCAAUAACAAAGAAUAAUGCCUUCGUAAAUAACACACCGACUCUCUUUGUUGAUUGUAAUUGAUUAAAAAUAAAAAAUUUAGUUCUUUCCCCGUUAGAAAAUUGAUUUGUUAUUAAAUAUUUUGUAGAGCUAAUCAAGAAGCUAGUCUAGUGACAACAUAAUUCAUUAUUAUCUGACGGUUAUCACGUGACCUCUUUUCAUUUGCUUAUGGGGCAAUGAUGGUUUUACAUGUAAUGUUAAAAUGUGUUAUUCAGCUUCAUUUAUUUUGUAUUCAGUCUUAUAUUCAGACAAUUCCAGCGUAUAUCAUUGUAAACUACAUCGUAGAGUUUUGUAGUAUUGUAAACACGUGUGCGUAAUUUCCGUCUGCCGUGUUAAAACACUUUGUCCGUUUAUUCUAAUUAACUAAUGUUAAGGUUCAUGUAAAUAGUAAAUCAAGUGAUAUUUAUCCAGAUUAAAAAUCACUAUUCUGUUGCGAAUUAAACAGAAGUAACUUGA